AUGCCUGACAUCCGCUUUUACGAUAAUAUGUUAUUCAACUAUGAAACAACAAACAGGACAUAUUUUCAACCUGAAAUAAUAAAUUAUUAUCCCCCAACAUUGUACCAAGAGAAAGUAACGCGCCCAAGACCCGCAUACAAACCGUUAAAGAAUAUCCAUACUCUUACAGAGUUCAAGAAACACGAUUUACCUACGGAAUUAUUUGCAAACCAAAAGCAAAUUAUCCGUAAAGAUGCUCGCAAAGUCCACAGCACUGGCAUUGUAAGUUUUCUAAUUUGUAACUACAUAUUGCCAUACGCCUUAGCUAGGCUAGAAUGUGCCCAUCUUUACCACAUUUCAGCACUUUUUCAGUCUUUAUCUCAAUGGAAAAAAAUCGUCUUUCUUUCGAUAUUUUUAGUAGGUCUGACAUAA